CCGCGGCGGCGGCGGCGGCCACUGGGGUAGAUGCAAGUAUGGACAUAAUAGCCUAUGAUGAUUUCUCCAGUCCACCGCUUCAGAGAUAUUGAAAGGACACCUGAAUACCUCCAGCCGGAAAAGUGUGUUCCACCUCCUAGCCGCGCUUCCCUGGGAACAAUGUGGUUUAUUCGAGAUGGCUGUGGUAUUGCAUGUGCUGUCGUUACCUGGAUGCUGGUGUUCUAUGCCGACUUUGUAGUCCUUCUUGUCAUGCUAGUUCCAUCGAGAGAUUAUGUUUAUAGUGUCAUCAAUGGCACACUGUUCAACACCUUGGCUUUCCUCGCUUUGGCGUCACAUUUUCGUGCUAUGCUGACAGAUCCAGGUGCUGUACCCAAAGGUAAUGCCACAAAAGAGUUCAUCGAGAGUUUACAGCUAAAACCAGGACAGGUGGUUUACAAGUGCCCAAAGUGUUGUAGCAUCAAACCUGACAGAGCACAUCACUGCAGUGUUUGCAAGAGGUGCAUUCGGAAAAUGGACCAUCACUGCCCGUGGGUCAAUAACUGUGUAGGAGAGAAUAACCAGAAGUACUUUGUACUGUUUACAAUGUAUAUAGCACUGAUUUCCCUGCAUGCCCUAAUCAUGGUGGGAUUUCACUUCUUGUACUGCUUUGAAGAAGACUGGACAAAAUGUAGUUCCUUCUCUCCACCAACUACAGUGAUUCUACUCAUCCUCUUGUGUUUUGAGGCUCUCCUAUUUCUCAUCUUCACCUCAGUUAUGUUUGGGACCCAAGUACACUCCAUCUGCACUGAUGAAACGGGCAUUGAGCGACUUAAAAACCAGAAACCAACCUGGGAGAAGAUCAGUGGCUGGGAUGGAAUGAAGCUGGCAUUUGGAGGUGCCUUCUCCCUGGGCUGGUUCAACCCUUUCUCAAACCUGAACUGCGAGAGCCCAGCACCAGCUGAAGGGGUGGCAGCAGCUCCUGCGUCUGAAAUAAUGACCCAAGAAGAAAUCGAGCAGUUUCUGGCUCGAGAGGUUGCCAUCCAAAUAUUGCGUGAAUAAGCAAAGUGUCCAAGAGAAGCUUUCAGGUGUUUUUUUUUAAUAAUUAAUUGUGCUGGAGAUUUAAGGGUUGUUUUUUAACAUACUUUCUGGUGCAUUAAAAAAUUCAGGAGUAUUGGUCUGGAACAGACACUAAAGCACUAGCAGAAGCAACGCAAAUCUCCAGAGAGAGCUUCAUAAGUGAUGGGGUUCAUAAGCUCUUUUUCAGACUUGUGUGAACUGCUUUAUUGGUUUUUUCUUUCAUGGCGUUUAAGGACAUUUUAUAAUUGUCAGAUAGAUUGGCUCCAGUUCCCAGAAAUGUGCCAUCCUAGGGAGUCUGGCUAAUCUUUUGUUCUUACAGCCCUUUGGAAGACUAAAUGUGUGAUGGCAAGAUUAGCCAGCUCUGAAGGUUUUCUGGAAAAAUGCAUCCUCUUUAGCCCAUCCCAUCCCAUGGGUGCUGCUUCUGGGUUAUAAAUGUUGCUAGUGCACUGGUCUUAGCAGAGGUGGGAUGCAGGGCUAUGGGUGCAGCACAUGGAUGAGCUCACCCUGGGUGUGAUUCCUUUGGGCUCUGAAAUAUCUCCAGGGGUUAAUUUUUACCCUCUGUGCUUGUGAGAUUGGUGGUGCUUGUCAGAGGUGGUGGUGGGCUUGUGAUGGUGCCAGGCUGUCAGGAGCAUUGAGCCAUGGCCAGUGCAGCCAGGAAGCGACAAAUGUUGGCUGAGAUGCCGAGCUGCUGGUGCUGGUGGGGGAAGCUUUUCCCCGGGGCUGUGGUUCAUUGGCAUGUAAGAUGUGUGGAGUGGGAGCUGCCUGGCUGAGCUCUGCAGCCCAGGGAGCAGGGAAGAGUCUAGGCCAGGUACCAGGGCUAUUUUUACAGUGAAAGAGAGGGCGAUGUGAGCAUCCUGUGAUGAAGGUACUACCUCUCUCUGUUUGACUUGUCUAAUUUAGAUAUUUCUCUUUUUCUGGUACUUAGAGUUGGUAGAGAAUGAAUAGUGCCUCCUAAUCUAACUGGGUUUAACAUUGUCCUGCUAAUACAUGCCAUUACUCCAGGUUUCCUUACGCUAAUUUGAAGCCAAUCCCUGGGGGAUGCUGGUGAACCUGUAGAAGGAACACCUGUCACUCCAGGAGGGCAUCACUGCAGGAGGCAGUAGUUGCAGCAAAAUCCUGCAGAGGUGUUGCCAGCUGCUGCAUUCAGAUGCACUGCAAACACUUGGCAUCCUCCAGAUGCUACUUUUAAUUUAGACUGUUCUUCAUUUGUGUUUUUUAUUUCUUCUGUAAUAUGCCUUACAUUAAUUGUCAUUAAAUUUGCAGAAGACUAGAAAUAUACUAGAAUAGAAAUACUGUUUUCCCCCUACAGAACAUGCUUGCUUUUAUCUCCCUCUUCCCUGUAACCUGAACCAAAGAUAACUGCUUCCUCUCAAAAGGAAGAGAAAGGAGGUUUUGGGAUGAAAGUAUGGUAUUGUGAAAGACCUAUAUGAAGUUUUUAUUAUUUAUAGGAGUAAUAGCAAGUGGAAUUGGUGCAAGAUUUUUUUUUUUUUUCUGUUUAUUUUUAACCCCUCAGAAAGCAUCUUUGUGUGCAUUGAUUUUGUGCAUUCAGGGGAUAAGAUUCUCUCCUGUACUCGUCCUCUACUGCAGCAGUCCUUUUUUCUGGCAAAGGUGGUGGGAACAAAUGAAGUGCUUUGGCUGUUAGGAGCACAGCUUCACCAAAAUCCAGGGGGUAUUUCUGAAUAGUUGUCCCAUUCCCUGUUCCCUCUGGAUGCCUCUUUGUCAGUGAAAAGUAGAUCAAGAGAACAUCAUUAGGAAUUGCAUAUUUAUAACCUCUGGGAUAAAGGGAAACCCCCCACAUUUGAGGUGAAAGGAGAUAUCCUCAUUUAGACAUGAGGUCUUCAAUGUCUUUGCCCUGUGCAGCAGGGUGUUGAAGGAGGAAGCUCUCCUCUUUCUUCACUAGCCUAUGUUCAUCUCUGUCAGCAUCCCACAGGAAAGGGACAUCAGGGACAUACACAGGUGUGUAAGGGAUUUCCUGUAGGGAGCAAUGGGGAUGUUGAAAGAGGAAGACUGCCCUUUUUAGCUCAUGUUUUCUAAUUUUGUCCUGCUGCUCCACCUCUUCAUCCAUUUAACAUCCCUGCCUCUGGUGCUGUGUCUGCAGUGGGAAUGGUGCUACAGGGAGGAACUAGUCCGUGGCUGAAAAUCAUCUUGAGGCAGGUGUAUAGGGAUGUCAGCCUGGGAGAGAACCCGUGUGCUGCGUUCCAGGGAUGCUUCUCAGGACAGGGACCCUACUCUGGAUAGGCUUGGGUAGGCAUGGAUGGAGACAGCCUAAUUUCUCCUCCACUCUCAGACCUGGUUCACUUCAUCAUGAGAACAGUUUUCAUUUGCUCUGUUUCCCACCUCUCCUGUUGUUCCUCAGGUGCUGGAAUUUAUGUUGGG